UCGUAAACCGGUAAGCGUUGUCCGAAUGGAGCAGAGGACCAUGGCGAGGACGGCUUUUAAAUGCAUCGAAUGUAACGAAGAAGCUUCUGAAUUAUACCGAGAUUACUGCAACGGCAUCGUGAAGAUUACGAUAUGUAGAUCAUGUGGAAAACCCGUGGACAAGUACAUCGAAUACGAUCCUGUCAUUAUUCUCAUCGACGCCAUCUUGUGUAAAAUCCAGGCAUUCAGACACAUUCUGUUCAACACCCACAUCAAUAUCCACUGGAAGCUGUGUGUUUUCUGCCUGUUGUGCGAGGCAUAUCUCCGAUGGUCUCGACUCCAGAGUUCAGAGGUCACCAGUGAUCCGGCUGACAUCAUCAGAUACACCAAAGAAUGGGACUUUUAUGGGAUGUUUGCGCUGGCUGCUCUCGGUUCGUCCAGCACACACGGUGGACAAGAAACUGACGUGAUCAUGCUUGGUGGAAAUAAUGAGGACAUUGUGUGUGUGUGUGUGUUGGCAGAGCUGGGUGUGUAUUGUGCAGGCGUGUUAGCAGCGUCAUGGUCCGUACAGAAGCUUUACGGCGUCUGUGGAGAUGCGUCUGAUCUGCUGAAGGCUCUGCUGCUCUCCUGCUACGGAAAAGUGCUCCUGAUCCCCGCCGUGAUCUGGGAGCACGAUUACUCUCCGCUCUGCUUCACCCUCAUCCGAGUGUUCGUGCUCACAUCAAACGCACAGGCCAUACGAGUGAUCCUGAACUGCCGCCGACGUCUCUCCGUCUUUGCCGUGUGCACAGGACUGCUCUUAGAGAUGUGCGUGUCUCACGGUUUACGCAAACUAUGCACGAGCAGCUUGCGAACGCUCCUGCCCGAGCUCUACACGUAAACACAAAGACUCCGAGCUGACGGAACCGACGUCACGGCGGCUGCUUUUCUUCUCUCCGUCCACACACAGGCUUGUGAAGACCUAUAUAGGAUGCAAGACAAACCUAUCAGAGAUGGAAGGUUUUUUUUUUUUUUACACACACAUUGAAGAAGGAAGAGAAGAGCUCAAGGCGUACUGUUUUAGCCUCAAUGAGUGAGACACGAUAAAAUAUACACUGUAGAUAGUGUGUGUGUGUUAAUAAUACCAACUCAAUACACACUUGUGCCUGGUGCUCUGAUUUGUAAUUUCUGUCUGUAGAAACUGGUAUCACAUUUUAUAAAUAAAUAUUUUUCA